UUGGUUGGUCGGUAUAUUUGAUCAAUAAAUCCGCGGUCACACUGGUUAAAAUACCCAGAGGUAUACACCUACCACCUACUUACACAUGUAUAUGCAAUCGAAGGUUUAAUGUGCAACGCAUUUUGCAUCGACUAACUCAAGAGCGCGCCAAAAAGGGGGCUAGAGCGAAGCAGCUGCUCGCCAUGGGGAAGAAGCGUCAGAUGGACAACCACGACAAUGCCAGUUCAACGGACUCUGGCCAGGAGGAUAGCCACGGGCAGACGAUCGGGGCCAGCGGCUCGGCAGGCGCUGCUGGUGUUGGCAGUUCGGGGGCCGAUGGCCCCAUGACCAGCUGCUGCCAGCACAUCAAGAAAUCGGUGGAUGCGGCCCGACUGCGGCGUCAACUGAAGGCCACCGGCCUAGUCUACGAGUGUUCGCAGUGCCAAAAGAAUCAGGGCGCUGCCUCCGGUUCGGGAUCAGGCUCAGGAGACCUGGACUGCGACUUUGAGAUCGACAGCACGCUCUGGCUGUGCCUCAAGUGCGGCACCCAGCUUUGCGGGCGGUCACGCAAGCAGCACGCCCUCCAGCACUAUAAGACACCACACUCGGACUCGCAUGCGUUGGCCAUGAACACAAGAUCCUUUGAGAUAUGGUGCUAUGGCUGCGACAACAAGGUCACCCCCAACUCCCGCAAGAACCUGCUCGAGUGCGUCGAGCUGGUGAAGCGUCUGGCCCAGAAGCCACCCGCCGAACCGCCCGUGGAGGCCCCCACCGUCAUCGCCGUGGCCACCCCCAGUCCGCCCACUAUAACCGACAUCGAACUGAAAUUUAAAUCGGCCCUGCAGACGCUUGGACCCAUUGUGCCCAUGACGGGUGGCUCCUUUGAGGAUAUCAACAGUGGCAUCAGCGGGGGCAACCUAACGGCCAUACCCCUGCCGGCACCGCCCGGAGCCACUGCCCUCACCAGCAGCAGCCCUGUUCGAGGCAUGGCCACGGGGACCGACUCCACCGCCGGCGGUCCAAAUCCCCCAGACUCGCCCAAGAGCGAAGUUGAGCGACUGCCGCGCGUCCGCGGACUGACCAAUUUGGGCAACACUUGCUUCUUCAAUGCCGUGAUGCAGUGCCUCGCCCAGACCCCGUUCCUGCUCAGUGUCCUCCGCGAGCUGUCGGAGCCAGGAGAGGAAUUCGUGCUGCCCGGUGGGAAGUUCGACUUCAAGGACAAGGGCUCCACCGAACUGCCGAUCAUCCGGGGUACCCUCUCCUCCUGGGGUAGCCUCACAUCGGCCUUGGCCAAUGCCCUCGAGGAGCUGCAGGUGGGUGGUGGUGUCUUCACGCCCCGCAAGCUCUUCGACAAGUUGUGCGCCAAGUGUCCGCAGUUUACGGGCGGGGACCAGCACGACGCCCACGAGCUGCUGCGGCAGUUGCUGGAAAGUGUGCGUAACGAGGAUCUCAAGCGCUAUCAGCGCGUCAUCCUGCAGAACCUCGGCUACAAGGACCAGGACAGCCAAAACGUAUCGGAGGAGAUGCGUCGGAAGUGCAAGAUUUACGGCAAACAGGCCGGCGACCGCAUCCUGCGCCCGGAGCAGGUCUUCCGCGGCUUCCUCGUCUCGACGCUGACCUGCCAGGACUGCCACAGCGUCUCGUCACGGCACGAGUACUUCCUGGACAUGUCCCUGCCGGUGGCUGUCGAGAAGCCCCAGCCACCGCAGCGGCGCAAGCCCAGUCCCGAGAGCUCGCCCUUCCCCAUCAGCGGCCAGACGCAGACCCAGAACCAGAACCAGUUGCAGUUGCAGUCCCCGACCAAAAUAAACACCAAGUUCACGACUCCCGAGGAUGGCAACCCCUUCGCGGCGGACGCCUCCUCCUCCUCGUUCUACCUGCACGCCAACCAGCAGGAGACAGUCGGUCCGUCCAAGUCGCAGGUGAAAAAGGAUAAGGAGCGCGAGCGCAAGGCCAAGCGGGCGGCCAAACACCUUCGUUACAAGCAGGCCCAGAAGCUCACCCUCAAGCUUAAUGGGAACGGAACGGGCAGCCAGGCAGAUGCCGAUUCCGAGGCGAACAAUGAGCUGGAUGCCGUCGACACAGGGACGGGCGGCGGCGACGGGGAUAGCCAGACGACCAGCGAUGGCCAGGGUCAUCACAAGGAGGAGCUAAUUUCCUCGAGCUCCACCACAUCGGAGAAUUCGGACGCCGAUAUUGAGGAUAAUUUGGUGGAGGAAACGGCAACGACCAGGGACAGGGCCAAGACCAGAGGAGUCGCCGGUGGCUCAUCAUCCGCUUCAUCCGCUCAAGGAGGCAACAGCAGUAGCAGCAGCAGCAGGUUUUUCACCGACACCAAUGGGAACGCCCAGCCGUUGGGCGAGAAGCGGGAUGACACGCCGGAGAACAUGGACAAGGACUCCCUCGAAGAGGACGAGAACGACUCAGGCAUAGCCACUAGUCCGUUGCCCAGCGGCAUCAGUAAAACGACGACGACCACCACCACUACCACCACCGCCGCCAACAACAAUGAGGCCUCCAGAAGUCCACAGCAGCAGCGGGAGCGGAGGAAGGAGGACGGCCGAUCAUCUGCGGACAUAGUCACAGCAGGCGUGAGCGAAGUGGGAGCCUCCUCCAUACGGCAAAUCUCGGUUGAAUUGGACCUGCCACCGAACGGAGUCGUCCGAGAAGAGGCGGGAGAGGCGAAUACGGAUAAGGUUGCUAAGCUCCAGCUGCAGGAGAUAGCCACCCAACUGGCUUUAAGUGACUACACCUUGGAGGCCACAGCGGCAACGACAGCUGCAGCUUCGGCCACAGCCGAAGGAGUGGCAGCAUCAGCAGCGGCGGCAGGAGUAGCGGCAGCUGCAGCAGCGGCAGCAGCAGCACGCGCUAAGCGCGUGCGAACUUACAGCUAUUCGGACUGGAGCACCACGAUAGCGCCGCGGUACCAGUGCGAGGACGGAGAGUGCUCUGUUCAGUCCUGCCUCAACAGCUUCACUGCCGUCGAGCUGAUGACCGGCCAGAACAAGGUGGGCUGCGACAGCUGCACGCAGCGUCUGAAUGGGAACGAUCCGAAGGCAAAGUCGGUCAACACGAACGCCACCAAGCAGCUGCUGGUGUCCAGCCCGCCGGCGGUGCUCAUCCUACACCUGAAGCGCUUCCAGCUGGGUCCGCGCUGCAUAUUCCGAAAGCUGACGCGGCCGGUCAGCUACCCAAACAUGCUGGACAUUGCCGCCUUCUGCGGGUCCAAGGUUAAGAAUCUGCCCAAUAUCGAUCGCAAGCAGAAGAAACUAUUGUACGCUCUAUACGGUGUGGUGGAACACUCGGGCGGUAUGUACGGCGGUCACUACACCGCCUACGUGAAGGUGCGGCCCAAGGUGACGCCAGAGGACAAACGCUGGAAGUUCUUGCCGCACGGCAGCAAGGCCGAGCUCGACCAGGACGACGAUCAGCUGAAGAAGCUGGAAGAGUUGCUUGCGAAGGAGAAGGCGCGGGAGCUGCACUUGAACUCGAUGAACGACAGCGACGACUUCACCAACUCUAGCAGCAAUUCAUCUACCUCUGAGGAGUUCAAUACCAACCCCAAUGGACUCGGACCCGGCCAGAAGGAUAAGCAGGAGGAUGAGGCUGCCAAUGUCCAGGCACCGCCAGGAAAAUGGUAUUACGUAUCAGACUCGCGGGUUCAGGAGGUUAGCGAGGACACGGCGCUCAAGGCCCAGGCCUAUCUGCUCUUCUACGAGCGCAUCUACUAAUGGGAAGGAAACUGGGACUAGCCCAGUCCUAGGACUGGCCCUAGGGACAACGACUACUACUAGGCACUACGGAGGGGAGGAGAAGGAAAGGAGGAGCAGCCAUCGUUCCAUUAUACGAUAGUCCUAUGAAAUAAUUUUUACAUGGAUAAUCCAUUUUACUAGUUUUGUUAUAUUUUCUUUAGCUCUCUCACUCGCUUUUUCUUUUUUUUAACAUUUGCAUUUUUUGUUAUAAUCUAGAAGGAAAGUAAGGAGCACGGAAAUGAUAGGUUUAGGAGUAAGACAAAAAGAACAGAAACAGAGGCAGAGAUCAGCCACUGGAAAGUUGAAAUAGGCACUAAAAGGCCAGAGUAGAGUAAAGUAAAGUAAAGCUCGAGACGUAGACGUAGUGAUCACAGCGACACAGAGAGACACACACGCCAAAUGCAUUUGUUUUAUAUCCCGAUCCGAAAAAGGUUUAACCAUUUCGAAACUUCGUUUAUUGUGUGGCGUUUGAAAGGCUUUAGUGGAGCCAGCUUUAGUCGGCCAGCUUUGGAAACGUUCUCUAGAGAUUGCAGCAGGGAGAUUGUAGUAGGACCUCCUUGCUUAUGAACAAAAUGUUGUAGAAGGGAAAUUCAGAAAAAAUAGAGAUAUAAUGUUAAGAUAUAAAAUAUAUUUUGUACUCAAAAACGACAUAGAAAAUGGCGAAAAAUAGAAAAAAAAAAUAGAAACGGAUGAGGUUUAUUAUGAGUAUUGCAAUGUUUAUUAGUUCUAAGUUAAUUGGUUUAAUUUUUGUCUGUGGUCCAAUCAUCAUCACCAAAAGCAUUGCCCUCUGAGAAGACAAGACCGACCCCGUCGUGGCUUGUGGAUGUGAGACUAGUGGGCUAGUGGACGGUGCGAAGUGAGUGCAAUCAAGACAGCAAAAAGCCACGAAAAAACAAAAGCAAUUACAACCACAAUGUGUUUAGUGUUACGAGAAAAUCGAACAUAAAGAACAAAAAGAAAAGUAUCAAUCGAAGCAGACCCCAGAGGUAAACUAUCUAGUGAAACUAUCUAGUGUGUGAGGGGAGGGGUAGGGGGAUCUAUUUAGUAUAUCGUAAAGUAAUCUAAUACGAAUACGAAUACGAAACAACAACCAAUUGCUCGCUUCUGCCAAUAAAUGUAACUUGUAUCGCGGUAUAUUUAAAAUACAACACAAUACUUUAUAUAUAUAUAUAUAUUUACUCUAUAUGUAAUGGGCUAUAUAUACAUACAUACAUACAUACAUACAAUACACAACAUAUAUACAAUCGUAGAUAUUUACAAUUCCGGAGUAAUUAAUUAAAUUGAAAUUUGUCGCGGAGCUAGUAGCAACGGAAGGAAUUCGAUAGACGGCAACGAGAGAGAUUUUUACCAUAGGGAAACAUACAUAAUUAAUUAUACAAACACACCAUUUACAUAUAUUACACAUAGGGUUAAUUAUCGAUCUAAUUACAAUUACAAUUACAAUAAUAACUUACCUUCCAUGGACUCUAUGUAUAAUAAAGAGAGAAACGAUUUGAGA